UCAGGCAUUCCCAACGUUCUGGAUAACUGUCCCAAGGUUCCCAACCCCAUGCAGACCGAUAGAGACCGAGACGGCGUUGGAGACGCCUGCGACAGCUGCCCUGAACUCAGCAACCCCAUGCAGACGGACGUGGACAACGACCUGGUGGGAGACGUCUGUGACACCAACCAGGACACGGACGGAGACGGCCACCAGGACAGCAGAGACAACUGUCCCGAUAUUCCCAACAGCUCCCAGCUGGACUCAGACAACGAUGGCCUCGGGGACGACUGCGACCACGACGACGACAACGACGGCGUCAUUGACGACUACGACAACUGCAGACUGAUCAUCAACCCCAACCAGAAAGACUCUGAUGCUAACGGAGUCGGAGACGUCUGUGAGAACGACUUUGACAACGACGCGGUGAUGGACCUGAUCGAUGUGUGUCCAGAAAGCGCCGAGGUCACGCUGACGGAUUUCAGAGCCUAUCAGACGGUGAUCCUGGACCCGGAAGGCGACGCUCAGAUCGACCCCAACUGGGUGGUUCUGAACCAGGGCAUGGAGAUCGUUCAGACCAUGAACAGUGAUCCUGGUUUAGCUGUUGGUUACACGGCGUUUAAUGGCGUCGACUUUGAGGGAACAUUCCACGUCAACACGGUGACGGACGACGACUACGCCGGCUUCAUCUUUGGCUACCAGGACUCCUCCAGCUUCUACGUGGUGAUGUGGAAGCAGACGGAGCAGGCGUACUGGCAGUCCCUCCCCUUCAGGGCCACGGCCCAGCCCGCCCUGCAGCUCAAGGCUGUGAAGUCCCGAACCGGGCCGGGCGAGUACCUGAGGAACGCUCUGUGGCACACUGGGGACACACCUGGAGAGGUGAAGAUGCUCUGGAAGGACCCCCGAAACAUCGGCUGGAAGGACAGAACCUCGUACCGCUGGCAGCUGAGCCACCGGCCGCAGGUGGGAUACAUCAGGGUGAAGUUCUUUGAUGGAACUAACAUGGUGGCGGACUCUGGCGCGGUCAUCGACACCACGAUGAGAGGAGGAAGGCUUGGCGUGUUCUGCUUCUCCCAGGAGAACAUCAUCUGGUCCAACCUGCGCUACAGAUGUAACGACACGGUGCCAGAAGACUUUGCAGCUCGUCGACAGCAGGUUCUCAUGCACAUCCAGGUCUGAGUUCAACAGAAGGACUGUUCUCCCACCGGACGCAG